GACUUUUCCCAGUUGUUUUUUUUUCACAUGUGAUUAAAUAACCCAUCAGUGCCAAGUGCAAACUGCAAUCGCGCGUGGCUGUUAUACGUUAUUCGUUAUACGGACUUUCGGUUGUCAAUUGGAGGCGUUCGAAAAAUGUUUUCACUUUCUCGCUACGCACCGUGGGCACGAAAUUUCGCACUUAUUGCUAACAAACAGCCUAGGUACAACUUGAAUCACUUGAAGAGCGGAGUUGUUGCUGUCUCUGCACUACCAUACGUGCGUGCCUUUGCGGAUUCACGUCAAAGCAGCGACAACAACGGUGAGGGCAACGGCAACGCCAACAACAAGAACACAAAUUCCAACACAUUUCAAGCAAACAUGGAGAAUAAAAGUGAAAAGAUUACCGUAAACAAGGAGGAGCUGCGGAAACGUCUAACGCCGCUGCAGUAUCAGGUUACACAAGAGGCGGGCACUGAGCGCCCCUUCACAGGCUGUUAUAACAAGCACUACGAGAAGGGCGUAUAUCGAUGCAUUGUCUGUCAUCAGGAUCUGUUUAGCUCGGAUACCAAGUACGAUUCGGGCUGCGGCUGGCCAGCUUUCAAUGAUGUGCUCGAUAAGGGCAAAGUCACAUUGCAUCGCGAUGCCAGUAUACCAGGUAUGUGCGCUAUAUAUCAACAUAUAUACAUAUAGUACAUAUAUUUAUAAUAAAAAUGUUAUAGGACUUUAUUUACAUGUAUGCAACAACAAAAACAACAGAAAUACUCAUGAUACAGCGCCGAGUACACUCAUAGUGUGUAAUAUGAAAAGUAUUUACGAGGGGAAUUCAAUUUAUAUUAAAGAAACCAUUUUUUUUUAUCUUGGUUUUUCGUUCAUCCAUUUUUGAUUGCGGUUUCAAUAAUUAUAAAACGAUCUCAAGCUUUCAAACGUUCCAUUCAUCGUAAACCUAAAGCACGCACAAGCUUUUUCCAUUAAUUAUUAUAGUUUUGAUUUUUCUCACAUUAAUCAAACAUAUUGUUGGGCUAGGAGUAUUUUACCUACAUGUAUAUAUUUAUAUAUUUUGAUUAUAUGUACAUAUGGAUGUAUCUAUGCAUCAAAGUUGGUUGGAAGAUCUGGUCGCAUUGCUUGGUUUCUCUUGGUUCAUCUGUAACAUAUUUGAUUUGGUUUUCUUUGAUAUUUUUAUUAUUUUUUGUUGCUAUUUUUACUCAUAUUAUAUUUAUAUUUGAUGUAAUACACUGCAAGACUAUUGUAGACGAUCCAUAUAUAUACAACAAAUUGAAUAAUGUGUAUUUUUCGUAUAUUUUCUAUUUCUCUUUUUUUAACUCGCUUCGAAAAACAAAAACAAAACAAACAAAACAAAAAACAAUAUUAAAACUUAAUGUUCCGCCUGUAAACGUUCUUUGGGGGUCUGUUUUGCUAACAAAACAUACACACACGACCACACAUUCACUUAAAAUCAUUGUUAAUCUACAAUGCAUUACACCUGACGCAUAAAAUGGCUUAUUAACAAUCAAUUUAAACACACUAAAUCAUUCAUAAUAAUAAAAACCAACACAUUUAAUUU